GUUUUCCUCGGGUUCUUCAAUCGCCUACCAUCAAAGUGAGGAUUUUUUCGCCUAAAAUGGAAAAAACAAAUUAACGCGCGAGAAUGAGAAACGCAAGUACUUACUAAAAAACUAGACAAAGGGAAAGGACCACGUUCUAGAAAAACACGGUUGUUUGCACAAACAAUUACGAGCGAGUCACUUACACAGAAGAGGAGGAGCCACGACGUUCACGUUAGCAAUAGGAAUAGCACGACAUCAAACCACCUAUGACGAUCCUCCCCUCGCCGGCACAGCACACGACCCAGCAAACAAGCCCCGGGCUGCUCAACCACAGCGGCGCACAUAAUCCUGCCGCUUACACACAGUUCGAUGUGAAGACGCAGAAGCUCACGCCGGGCGGGAUGUAUGUGCUGACCCCGUACGGACAGGGGGUUUUGGAAUCUUGGAGUGGUGUGAUGGUCACCGUGCGGCUAGCUUGUGGAGCGAGAAUGAGCAUUCAACGUAAGUUAUUUGUUCUGUAUACUGACGACCUCUUGUGUUCAUGCAAACGAUGAACAGGCAGAUGCAGAAUGAAGGUUAGGAUUUUCUUAUGCUUGAUAACAGAACACCCGGAGUACGACUAGUAGAGCUAGUGACUGCUGCUCUUCUUCUUUGAAAAUGAAUUUCCAAAACACAAUGCUCUCAGGUUCAAAAGUGCAAUUUCACACCCAGCACGACCUCAACUCCGGUGCGAAUCAGCAGCUUCUGUCAAGUGCGCGAGCAGAUCAGCGUCGAUCUGAUAUGGACGUCGAUAUGACAAGCGAGCCGCGGAACACGUGCAAGCGCAGCAUCUACGAGUGCAGUGAAACGGACAAUUUUUCGGACGAUCUUCUGCUCCAACCGCGGGGAACGAAACGGAGAAUGUGAAAGGUUUCAUCACCUGUGCAGGUUUCAUCACCGUGCAGAUUUCAUCACCUGUUGCUGUACUUGCUAGAACGCAAAAUGCAGGGGGGCGGUCCAGUCGUGCUCGACGUCCCGAACCAGAUCUGCAAGGCAGAUGUUGGAACUGCAGGCGAAAAUACAAUGAAAAUAUUAACAUCACAAAGGGAGCUUGAGGUUGAUGCUGCGGCAGUCCUCGUCAACACAAUCAGAGAGCAAAUGAAUAUGAGCGGGCUUUUCAAUAUGACCAGUUUACGAGUUUUUUGCCACGACAGCGAGUGUCUCGCAGGAGUGGACCUUGGUGGAACGUUUUUGCUUAUACUAGUAAGUAAGUUGUUGGGCCAAUAAAUAACUCACCGCUAGUACAACAACACCAAGGUAGACCGAGCAACCGACUACACCGAGAUCGACCCGAUGAAAUAGAAUCAAGAAUAGAGCUACUGUCUGUGUACAUUGAAUUUGAAGUAGUUGCUUUUACCGAGCAGGUUGAUGUCGUUGACAAGUAGUACUUGUUAAGGAUAAGGAGGAGGCCCGGUAAAAUUUAUAGCUACGAUUAAUUAUUUAAAUCACUCGAACUCUGGGAACAACCUUUGAUGAACUGUUUACCCUUUCGAAGAAGAUUGGCGAGAUAGUGGAAGCGCCCUUCGAAGAAACUUUUCAUCUUCAUACAAAUUUUGCCGAAGCUAUGCAUUACGACGAGCCAGACGCACCAUUUGUAAUUGGUGCCGCUGCACCACGCGCGGUCGGGAUUUGUGACCCCAGGCUUGAUACAGUUGACGUCAACGCUCAUUGUUACAGGACAGCAUCGCUUCCGGCACAGAGCAGAUCAAUGUCAAUACGUCGGGGAAAUAGUACUCACUGCAGCAAGGCAAGCCAAAGAUUGUG